AAGGUGAAGAUAUUUGAAGAAUGUGAAGAAGGAUUGUUACGUGAAUUGGUAUUAAAAUUACGACCUAUAAUAUAUUCACCUGGUGAUUAUAUCUGUCGUACUGGCGAAAUAGGCAGAGAGAUGUAUAUUAUUAAUCAUGGGAAAAUAGAGAUCUUAGUACAAAAAGGUGAAAUUUCUACCAGAGUAGCUUUACUGAAACCCGGAAAUUAUUUUGGUGAAAUCAGUCUAUUGAAAUUGGAUGAAGGACAAAAUAGACGAACUGCCGAUGUUAGAGCUAUAGGUUAUUCAGAAUUGCUAUGUUUAUCACGUAAAGAUCUCAUU